AUGGCUCAAGCUGCGCGCAGCGCGCUGGCGUUUCUGGUGCUGGGCCUGAUCGUGAUCGGCGCCCACGCCGCUGUCAACACCGUGCACCUCUCCCAGACUGCCGCGGCUGACAACGUCAAGCAGAAUGUGAACCUCCGGUCCAAGGCCGACAGAGUUGAGGGUGACAUCACCCUGCAAGGAACCGCCACGGACAACCUCAAUCAGAGGAUCCACGUCAUCGCCCCCGGGAGGACCAACACGGAGGGCCUCACCCUGUCGGCAACCGGCACCGGCGGCACAGUGAAGCGCCAGAUCAUCUGCUCAGGCGGCGGUGAGCUGCGGCCGCACGAUGAUUGA